AUGCACAAAUACCAUGCUUAUCCCCAGAAUGCUAGCUGGAUGAUGAGGAAGAUAUUGGAAGCAGGGGAGGUUAUCAGUCAACUACACAAGCCAUUAGAUGAUAAGAAAAGCAUCAUCAAACAGAUCUAUCUUCAACUGAUUUCAACCUUAAGUAAAACUAGCUGGAGAAGACUAAUGUGCAACAAUACUGCCAGACCUAAGGCCAUAUUUACAAUGUGGCUUCAAUGCCAAGGGAGGUUACUUACCGUGGAUAGACUUAAAAAAUGGGGAAUUAAUGUAAAUGACACAUGUGUGCUGUGUCAAGCAAGUUUGGAGACAAGAAAUCACCUAUUUGCUGAAUGUGGCUAUGCUAAAAGUUUGUGGAGUAGACUGAUACAAUGGGCACAGCUACAUAACAUCAGAAGUUCUACAUGGGAGCAGCAUCUACAGGUUAUUUGUCAGCAUACCAAAGGGAAGUCAACAACAGCAAAACUCCUCAAGAUGAUGUAUGCUAAAUAUACACAUGCUUUGUGGAAAGAAAGAAACCAACGAAUAUUUCAAGAAACGGCUAGAGAUCACACAAGUUUGGCAAGGGAGAUAGUUUGCAUAUGCAAUCCUAGAGCUAUUGGCACUGUAAAGAAGUUUGUACAACAGUUGUAUUUUUAG